AUGUUAUUUAGUAGAUCAUUCAUAAUGUUUAAGUAUAAUGAUAUCUUAUAUGUAAGCACUAAAAGUGAGCUCAAUGCAAAUGAUCUAAAGCCGACACCUUGUCAUAGUUAUCUGUAUCCGAAUGAUAUGGAUAGCACGAAUUUGAAUAAACGCCCUUCACUACAGUACAGUCUCAGCUCGUUGGGUUCGCAAAUCACAAAAUGGAGCUCAUCUAGACCGACUUCGCCAGUGCGUAGGGCUAGAAGUACAGAAAAUGAAUUCAGUAUUAAGCGAGAAGCAGUAACUGACUCCCCAGACGUUAAUAAUUAUAAUGAUAAACAAUGGUAUGAAAAAUACAAGCCAACAAAUCUGGAACAGGUGGCUAUCCAUAAAAGGAAGCUUCAGGAUGUACGAGAAGCUUUAGAGGCUAUGUUUUUGCCUGAUGCCAAACAUAGGAUCCUGUUGCUUUCCGGUCCUAGUGGAUGCUCUAAAAGUACAAUCGUAAAGGAACUCUCAAAAGUUUUAGUUCCUAAAUAUAGACGAGAAAGCAACAUAACAUCUCUUCGAAGUACCAGGAAUCAUUCUGUUGUAACUGAGUACAGGGGAGAUUGCAUAAUCAACGAUGUUCCUCAGAUGGAAAGUUUCAGUGAGUUUUUGAAGAGUGCGAGAUACCUUGUAAUGUCUAACUUAUCGUUAAUACUUAUUGAAGAUCUGCCGAAUGUGUUUCAUAGCGACACCAGAAAUCGCUUCCAGCAACUUAUUUUACAGUGGUUAUAUAGUUCAGAACCUUUACUACCUCCUCUUGUUAUAUGCCUAACUGAAUGUGAAAUUCCAGAGAGUGAUAAUAAUUAUCGUACGUUUGGUAUUGAUUAUACAUUUAGUGCUGAAACGGUUAUGAACAAAGAAAUACUGAUGCAUUCAAAAUUGAAAAGAAUAAAAUUUAAUCCGAUUAAUAGCACUUUAUUGAAAAAGUAUCUGAAACUUAUCUGCGUUGACAACAUGGCCCUGUUAAAGAAAAAUAAUAAAUGGAGUAAAAGAGAAGAAGUCAUAAGCCACAUUGCCCAAGAAACGGGCGAUAUUAGGUCAGCAAUAACUACACUUCAGUUUUGGGUGACCUCAGGCGGGGAGCUACCAAUCUCGACACGAGAAUCCACCAUUUCAUAUUUUCAUGCUAUUGGAAAGGUGAUUCACGGUUCACAUAGCACGAGCGAUGAUAAUGAAAUGAUUAACACUCUUUUCAGUAGUGCCAAUGGUUUGUUAUCAAAUCAGGAUUACAAGAUGGGUAUUCUAGAAAAUUAUGGUACAUUUAAUAAGGGCAAUUUUAAUAUUUCUGACGCGUUAUCAAUCGUGAAUUGUUUAAGUGAGUGUGAAACAAUGAAUAGUUUACCGGAAUCAAAUGAGUACGGUUUACGGAAAGUACGAAAAACUUUUCGGAAUAUUGCCAAGGAGAGUCACAAUCAUGGGACAGUUUAUUUUCCGAGAGAGUGGAAAGUUAGAAAAUUACAAAAUUCAUUCAGGGUCCAAGCCAAGGAUUGGAUGAAUGUUAAUCUCUACAAAUAUAAUACAGUGCAUUCAUUCAGAGAUAUAGCGCUACAGCUUGGCUAUUACGCACCUUUGAUCAGGAAGUCACAAAGUUAUAAAAAGAACUCCAUGCUAUAUUAUUUAAAAAAUCUUCCGACUGACUCUGUGGAGCUAAAACAAACAUUGGAGGAGUUCCAAGAUACAAUGCAAAUUGAAGAAGACAUCGAUAUAAUUGAUCGCAUAGGCGGACCUAUUGAGUCUCUAUCUGUAGAAGACGGGCUAGAACCAUUGAUGGAUAGCGAUUAUAGUAAUUCUGAUUAUAUAGAAAAUCAGAAAAAGCGAAGCGAUACAAAACUUCGUAUUUUGAUUGAACGGUACGAAAAAAAUGUAAUGAUGACGGAUAGAGGUUCCGAAAGUGAAGACGUGUCGUUUAAUGAUGAUCCUAUUGUGGAUAGCGAUAAUGAUAACAAUAAAACUGGCGACGAUACAUUUGGAAGAAGUGACGAGGAUGAAUCUCUUUAUGAAAUGCUAUCCCAAAGACAACCACGCAUUGCCUCAGUGGUUAACGAGUCACUUUCAGAUUCUGAUCUAGAGAUGCUCUGA